CUGCUGAUACCCGCACUCCUACCGUAUUUUUUUAGCGGAUGAUCACAGGGCGAGAGGGAGCAAGUUUUUCCCUUCCUUCACGUGUGCUGGCAGCUGCCUCACAAGGAUAAAGGAUAAAGUAUUUUAGUUCCACGAGCGUGAGCACAUGGCGUUUUGGGAAAGUUACAUCAUCUGAGUGGGCGUUGGACAUGAGAGGCAAGCAAUAGAUGUGAAGGAAAGCGAGUUUUCCCUUUUUCCCAUGCGCAGGUUGGUGUCUCAUGAGAAUAAAUAAUACCUUCAGUGCUUCACGUACAGUUGGUCCCACUGCAUUACAUCAUAAGAAAUUUAAGGCAUCAGAGUGUGCGCUGGACAAGAGAGUCAGGCAACGGACCUGAGAAGAAGCAGGAUUUUCUUUUUUCUCUUAUGCGCUGCCUGGUGUCCCAUAAGGAGCGUUUUGGUUCCAGUUCAUUCCACCAGAUCGCGUUAUAAGUUUACUUCAUUUGGGUGCGGGCAGGAUAUGAGGGUCAGAUCACACCGGAGGCAGACGCUGCGCUGAACUCCACUCCAUUGUGCCUCUCCUCGUCGUCGCCUUGUCAGACAGGAAGUGCUCGCUUGAGCUGAGCCUCGCGAAGAGCAGCAGACGAGAUGACCUUGACCAGCGAGGCGGUGCGGCAGGUGCCUGUGGUGCUUCUGCGCCUCCUGGUGGUAGUGCUGGUGCGGGAGACAGCUCACCCUCGUUAUCAGUCCACCGAACACCUCCUGCCGCAGUAUGACUUCAUUAUUGUAGGCGGAGGGUCAGCGGGGUGCGUGAUGGCGGCGCGGCUCAGUGAAAUAUCCCACUGGAAAAUCCUGCUGAUAGAGGCAGGAGGGACACCCCCGCCUGAGAGCUACAUCCCUGCCCUCAACUUUCUCCUGUUCCAAGGUGACGCAGAUUGGAAGUUUCACGCCGCACCACAGCAGGGAGCCCUCCUUGCAUACGAAAGUAUGUUGCCAUACCCACGGGGGCGGGGAAUAGGAGGCUCCUCCACCAUCAACUCGAUGAUCUACGUGCGCGGCAACAGGCGGGACUUCGACAACUGGGAGGCGAUGGGCAACCAGGGCUGGAGCUUCGAUCACGUCCAUCGUUACUUCUUGAAGCUGGAAGGUUACAGAGAAACCUCAAAUCACACCGGCAAGUACUAUGGGCGGGACGGGCCACAGGCGUUGGAGGGCAAGCGGUGGUCCUCGCCUGCCGCCCACGCCUUUCUUAGGGCAGGGGAGCAGCUCGGGUACAGCAUCAUCGACCCCAAUGGACCUGAACAAAUAGGUUUCUCUCUGAUCGACCUGACGGGGCGCGACGGGAUGCGGUGGUCGGCGGCAGAGGGCUACCUGCGUCCCGCCCUUAGCAACAGACCCAACCUGCACGUGGUGAUGAACGCGCACGUCGCCAAGAUACAUUUUAAUGAAGACAAUCGCGCCGUGGCCGUCUCUUACCUACAAGACAACAAGGAGAGGCGCGUGGCGGCUACGAGGGAGGUGGUGCUGAGCGCUGGUGCCAUCGGGACCCCCCACCUGCUGCUGCUGUCUGGCGUGGGCCCCGCCGAGCAUCUGGCACACCACCACAUCCCGGUAGUGAGGGACCUUCCGGGCGUAGGUCAGAAUCUUCAGGAUCAUCCCGCUGUAGCCGGUCUGAUAUGGACCACCAACAAACACUCCAGCUUUUCGCCCCUACGCCUCCUCAACCCUGUUCAUCUCCACCGCUACGUGCAGGACCGCCAAGGUCCCUUCACCACCCCCGUUGGUACGGAGGGCAAUGCUUGGUUCCCGUCCGAGACAGGCGACCCCGGGUGGCCCGACAUCCAGUUGGCCUUCGUCAGCACCACACCUGCCAUCGACUUUGGGCUCACCUCCCGACAGGGGCUGGGCUUCAGGGAGGAGGUAUAUCUGGACUACUUCUCCGAGGUGUUUGGUCAAGAGGGUUUCUCUCUGGCGCCGUUCCUUACUCGUCCUCGUAGCCGAGGCUCCGUCACCCUCGCCUCCCACCACCCGAUGCACAUGCCACACAUUAACCUCAACUUUCUCAGCCAUCCACAAGACGUCACCGAUCUAGUGAAAGGGAUCCGUCAUGCGCUGGAGGUGGGCGGCACUCCAGCCCUACAAGAACACGGCGCAACCUUCAACAAAAGACUGCUGAGAGCGUGCGCGGCUCAUGGCGGCCACACACAAAAAUACUGGGAGUGCUUCGUGCGUCACAUGGCCACCACCUCUUACCACGCCAGCGGCACCUGCAAGAUGGGGCCCUCCCAUGACUCUCUCUCUGUGGUGGAUCACAGACUCAGGGUUCGGGGCGUGGCAGGUCUGCGAGUGGUGGACGCCUCUGUCAUGCCACUCAUAGUCUCGGUCAACACCAACGCCGCCACCCUCAUGAUCGCCGAGCGUGCUGCGGAUUUCAUCAAGGAGGAGUGGAGGUCCCGCCGCCGCCGCUCACCAGCCAAGGGUGCUCCGGCCCGUAACAAGAGUCAAGGAUUAAGUUCAGACUCUCGCUGACACAUGACGCGAACGUAGUGAUAAUAGGCACUGAUUAGUAAUCUCUCUCUCUCUCUCUCUCUCUCUCUCUCUCUCUCUCUCUCUCUCUCUCUCUCUCUCUCCAGGAAAGUUGCACUGGGGACGUAAAAAGAUUCGUGUGAAAGAAAUUAUUAUAAU